UUCAGUGUGAGUGUGCAGAGUGAGGAACGUAGUGUUUAUUACCAAAAGAAAAAGAAAAAAAUAAAAAUAGAAAAAAGUGCAAAAGAAAGAAAAAAUUCAGUUUUGAAACACACAUCACCAUUCAAAAUGGCGUUUCUGAAAUUAUGUAUAUUCACUCUGGUAAUAGGUUCUGCUAUUGCCCAGCGUUCGAAUUUUCGUGUAGGUGCGGGUCACCCAACAUCACAACGCCAUCUACCUAAGCGACCAACUACACCACCAAAAACAGAAGAAGCAUACGAACCAACGACAGAGUGCCCAGAUGCAAAUGGCUUCUUUCCUGAUGGAGAACAGUGCGACAAAUAUUAUGCUUGCAGUGAUGGUGUGGCUACAGAACGUCUUUGUGCUGAUGGUAUGGUUUUUAACGACUACAGUCCCAUCGAGGAGAAAUGUGACUUGCCUUACAAUAUUGAUUGCACCAAACGUUCAAAAUUACAAACUCCACAACCAUCGCAGCAUUGUCCCCGAAAGAAUGGUUACUUUGGUCAUGAAAAGGCUGGAAUCUGUGAUAAAUUCUACUAUUGUGUGGAUGGGCAAUUUAAUAUGAUUACUUGUCCUGUAGGACUUGUAUUCAAUCCCAAAACUGGUAUUUGUACAUGGCCGGAUGAGGUUGGUGUCACCGGUUGUAAGUCGGAGGAUAUAUUUGAGUUCGAGUGUCCUAAGGUAAAUGAAACUAUUGCGGUUACACACCCACGUUACGCUGAUCCUGAUGAUUGUCAAUACUUUUAUGUCUGUGUUAAUGGUGAAAUUCCACGUAGAAAUGGUUGCAAGUUGGGACAAGUCUUCGACGAUGAAAAGAAACACUGCGAAUGGGCUCGACAAGUACCAGAAUGUGCUGAUUGGUACAAGGAUCGUUUGACAGAUGUUGAGUUAGAAGAAUUGGAAAAUCCAAAACCCAAGGUUAAAAAACCACAACGUACGCGCGGUCCUUCAAGGCGAAAGCAAACGAAAGUUGCUCAAGAGGAAGAUGAAGAGGAGUAAAUGCUGCGAUAGCUGCAACAAUAUUAACCCACUUAAGAGAACUGGAGGACGAGUAAUAGCUUUAAGAAAACGUUGCUUUAUUUUCAAGUAGUUUUUUUUUUAAUGUAAAAAAUUGAUUUCCAUUCGCUUUUUUUUUUGAUUUGGCUGUAUUCACAAUACCAUAAAUUAUAGAUCUAUAUAUUUUUAUUGAAAAAAAUUUAUAACUCUUAUUA